UCUCCCCAUGUCCGUGAGCCGUCGGCUACGGCUUUGCGGCACCCCACCCCUAGAGUGGUCUGUCGUUGCAGUUCGGACCCCGUGAUCACCCUCUCCCGUCCCGCCCCCCCCCCCCUCCCCUCCCCUCCCUCCCUCCCCCCGUUCCUCUCCUCCUCCCUCCCCCCGUUCCCCUCCUCAUCACUGCAGGACGUCAUGAGCAUAGUAAUCGCGCUGGGAGUCACCACACCAGAAACGUCCUACUCAGAUAUGGCUGCUGGAUCAGACCCUGAGUCAGUGGAAGCAAGUCCUGCCGUGAACGAGAAAAACUACCCCAACCACAACUGUGGGAGUGCACACAGUCAUGGGUAUCGAGGACUUCCAUAUACUAUGCAACAGUCUUCCGUUGUGUGUUGUCAGGAUCACAACUAUGGCGCGCCCCCUCCCCCCACCCCACCCGCCUCCCCGCUCUCCCAAACCAUCAUUCCUCGCAUGGAGCUCAACCCCGCCUCCCGCUACCAUGACAACGCCACCAAUGGCGGCCAGGAGGAGAACUCUGCCGACAGCGAAAGCUCGUCGGAGGAGGACGGGGCUGUGGCCAGCUGGUGCCACUGCAGCCUGACGCAGGACGGCUUCCUCAUCAAGUGCGAGAGCUGCAGGGGGCUGGACAGGAGGAAAGGACUGUAUGGCCAACGCAGGAAACCAGAAAAUGUAUCAGUGGGCGAGAGCAGUGCCACGGAGAGCGGCGACGAGGAGGUGUCGCCCGCCACAGUGUCCUACACGGCCACACAGCACACGCCCACCAGCAUCACGCUCACUGUCAACCGCGUCAAGCGGAACAAGUCCAAGAAGAGGAAGAAGAGCACGGAGAAGGCCCGCGGAACGCCCAAGGGCAAGAAGAUCAAGGCCUUCAGAGAGGGUUCUAGAAAGUCCAUGAGGAUGAAGAACUCCACGACGGAGGCCAGCGCGGUGGACGAGACUACAGCGGAGGGCUGGGAGAGCCGCAUCCGCCAGUGGACGGACCAGUACGAGGAGGCUACAGCCAACCAGUACAGCGCCGAUGUCCAGAUGCUGCUCCAGCUGCACCGUGCCGUUACCACCGAGGGCGUGGCGAGUGAGACUACCUCACCGGCCCAGGUCAACGCCUCGGCGGACGCCAUGGACACAAUUAACCGUACAGAGCUGGCGUGCAACAAUACGGUGCUGGGCUCUCAGAUGCAGUUACAGCUGGGGCGGGUGACGCGUGUGCAGAACCACAGGAAGGUCCUGCGGGCGGCAAGGGAUCUAGAGCCAGACACCCUGAUCAUCGAGUACCGGGGCAAGGUCAUGCUGAAACAGCAGUUUGAGGUCAACGGACACUUCUUCAAAAAGCCCUACCCCUUUGUGCUGUUCUAUUCCAAAUUCAACGAGGUGGAGAUGUGCGUGGACGCGCGGACGUUUGGGAAUGAUGCACGCUUCAUCCGGAGGUCCUGCACGCCCAACGCAGAGGUUCGGCAUAUGAUCGCCGAGGGCAUGAUCCACCUCUGUGUCUACGCUGUCACGCAGAUCCCCAGAGACGCAGAGGUCACCAUCGGCUUUGACUAUGACUUCAAUAGCUGUAACUAUAAGGUGGACUGUGCCUGCUACAAGGACAACCAGCAGAACUGCCCUGUGCAGAAGCAUAACCUGAACCCGCGCGAGACCCUAGGCUGCCCCGGCACGGGGUCGCUGCCCCUAACCUCCCAGCUCCCAGGGCACACGGGGGCAGAGACGCGGCGGCGGAAGGCCCGGCGGAGAGAGAUAGAAGGGUCAGGCGGCGGCCCAGGACCGGGCGGGAUGUCGGACGACAGUAACCAGCCGCCCGAGGAGAGUGGUGAGGUCCGGGAGACGCUGCAGGGCAACGGCAGCCUGGGCAACAGCGAUGUUGAGGAGGGCCUCCUCAAGCAGGAGGAAGGAGAGGAGGGCGAGCUGGACCAGAACGGAGUCCUCAUCUCCAGUAGACAGAAGAGGACGUCUACCACAGGGGGCAUAGAUGAGCCCAAACAGGAGGGCCUGGAGUGCGAGGAGUGGAGCAGAGGGAAUCCCACGGGGAGUAACCCCACACCCCACCAAGCAGGGCUGGGGAUAAGCACCCGUCGUGCAACUUACGCCACUAAUCUCCCUCUCGGUCUCCAGGAACCCUCCUCAGCAGCCGACGCAGACAAGACCCAGACGUCCGCCGCUCCCCUCCCGGCCCCCCUUGCUCCCCCCAAGCCUCCCCCGGCCCGCUCCUCCAAGCCCCGGCCUAAGAGCCGUAUCUCGCGCUACCGCUCCAGCUCGUCACAGCGCGCCCGGCGCCAGCGGCAGGCCCUGGCCCAGCAGCAGGCGGCCCUGGAGCAGGGGGCGGCGGCUGAGAUGCAGGAGAGCCCCCUGGGGGCCCCUGGUUCAGAGCUGGGCCUGGUGGACGGAGCACUGGGAGUCGGGCAGGUCUUAGACGGAGAAGGCCUGAGUGCUCUGAACAAGGGCAACCUGCCCAAGACCAAGAAGUAUCUGGUGACAGAGUGGCUGAAUGACAAGGUGCUGGACAAGGCAGCCCAGCAGGAGGUGCCCACGGUGGAGCGGCAGCUACGCAUCACCACCGACCCCACGGUGCUGGCCACCACCCUCAACAUGCUGCCGGGCCUGACGGCCUCGCCGCUCAUCUGCACAGCGCCCAAGCACUACGUGCGCUUUGGCUCGCCCUUCAACCCCGAGCGCCGGCGCCGGCCCGUCAGCGUGGACGCAGCCUACGGCUCCUUCAAGAAGAGAUGGAUCCAACAGGCCCAGUGCGAGAGUGGGCCGUGCUCGGGAAGCCUGGAGGACGGCACCGAGUCCACCUCCUCUCACCAAAGUAACAGCAGCAGCUCCACCCCCAACCCUUUCAAAGCAGAACUGGCGGCACCCCCCAAGAAGCGGCGGUCCAUUUACGGCCCGGAGUCGGAGGCGGCUCCACCACUUCCCGGCUCAGAAGAACACAGUCUGCUACUGCGGUCCCUGUCACCCAUCACGCCCCCAUUGCCCUCAGACCACCCCCUACUCAGCCCCGCCUCCUACGCCGCCCCCGCGUUGCUGGGUCGUUACGGCGACGAGGAGCACCGGCUGUCCAAUGGCUAUUCACCGCUGCCCUCGCUGCCCACCAGCCGCUGCAACACGCCGCUGCAGUUUGAGAACAUAUCGUCUCCAGAGGCCUCUCCUGUGCACAGGCCAGAGUCCAUCUCUCCAGAGCCGUGCCUGCGGCCAGACUUUGACGCCCAGUGCUGCGCCCUGCAGUUUCCAGACCUCUCCCUGUCCUCGGGCCUGGAGAGCCCCGUGCCCGCCAUGUCGGAUGACUUCACUCUCCUCUCGGCAACGGGGCCUCCUCACGACACACAGGAGCCGCUCACCCCCUUGGCACCGGGUACCCCGUCCGAGUCGGCCCAGCAGGCCAGAGAGCAGAGCUUCAGGACGGAGUUCAACCUCAUCUACACCUGCUCCCCGCUCAACGCCAACCUGGGAAACCUCGCCCCCGCUGCCCCCACCGACAGGCGCAUCAGCCAAUCAGAGGGAAGCUAUUCCCCGGCCGAGUCCUUCUACAGCACCGUGAGUGGCCAGGGGAUCCUGGCGGAGGCGGGGUCUGACUCGCUGUCGCCCUACGGCGAGCCGCACUAUGGCGGCAGCUACCCGGAUGGCGGCACGCCACCCCACCACACCAGCAACCCACCACAGAAGAAGAAGAGGGCCAUCCUGCAAACCAUUAGUCUGCUGACAGGACAGCCAGAUUACCAGGCUAUAGCAGUAAGACGUGAAUACAAGACAGUACAAAAUAUGGUGUCUCUGCUGGAGUACCGUAAGAGGAAGCAGGGGAGCAGCAGGGACCCUGAGCACGGGGGCAGCUCCCUGGGUACCCCCACCCGCCUCGGCUCCGUCUGUGCCAGCGCCGAGUCCCCCAGAGGCCCCCAUUCCCUCCACUUGCAGCCCUCGUCCUCCCCCCACAGCUCCUUCUCCUCCCCCCCCCAGAUGGAGGAGGUGAGCCCCCCAGAUAACCACCACCACACCACCACCUCCCACGCCCUGGGACCACCACAGCAACAGCAGCCCAGGGAUCAGGAAGGCACCAGCCACUGGAUGGUGCCCACGACAGUAGAGCGGCUGAGGGAGGACCAGGGCGUCUUAGAGCGGGUACUGAGGGGCUCCCUCAAGAUGGACCGCAUGCUGAAGAGGACGGAUGGCUCGGCUGCUGACAAGGACCCUGAUGCAGACCGGUAUGAGAUCCAGACAGUUCCCCUGGCCUCUCCCAUGAAGAGCCCACAGAGAUACAGCCCGUCUGUCUACACUCACCAGGUGCAGCCCCCCUUAUCGGAGAGCCAACAUCAGACAGUGGACAGUCCAACCUUCCUUCAGCAGAGCGCGUCCUCUCCAUUCCAUGGCUCCUACAGCCCCUCGGCCCCCCUUCCCUCAGUUCAGGGCUUCUACACUCGCCUGUCUCAAGACCACUCGCAGCAUCAUCCACAACAGCCCCUCAACUCCCCAUCCUCCUUCCCCAACCAGACCACCUCCUCUGCAGACUCAGCCCUAUGUGGGGCUUCCAGACCACCAGGAGGCGCUCUGCACCAGUCGAGCGGCAGCAGCAGUAUGGACGGGUCCCACGCGUACAGCGCCGGGAGUCAGCUAAAAGCCAGCCUCUUGAACAGCGGGUUGUCAGGGUCUCCUACCCCUGGCUCCAGGGCUCACAGCAACCCUAAAACAGACUUGGGCGCCAGUGUGGUGGGGAACCACACCUCCAGACUGAGCCAGCAGCUGGCGUCCCGGGGCCUGAAACCAGGCAGCCCCGGGCAGACGGUGCUGCAGGCCGGCUCCAGGCUCCUGGCGGCCACCGCCGGCCAACACUACCCGCAGCGCGGGGCACCACUCAGUCCGUUCCAGCACCCCCCCAUACAGGGGCCGGGAGUAAGGACACAGUCAGGAAGCUUUUAGGAUGUUGUGUUUGUGUGUGUGUGUUUUUGCGUGAGAGUGAGUGAAAUGGUGUACCUCCUCUCCUAAACCCUCUGGAGAAACUAGGCUUGGGGAUAUGUACAGACCUCCGAGGAGCCACGACUCUGCUUCUUGUAUGCUUCUUGUAUUUCUCCCUAUUUUCUGUCUUUCUUUUUGCGGAAAACAAUUUACUGUGUUCUGCGUCUAGCUAAUCGAGGAACUUCAACACCCUCAAGGAAUCAAUGGAAAAAGAGGAAGAAAAUACAUGUUCAACAAAAAAGAGAAAUCAUUUGUAAUUUGAAAUUACCCUGACAUGAACAGACUGU